UAUGUAACAAACUGUCAUCGUCACAACCCGGUCAAAUCCGCUAAUCAUUUUUCUUUUGUAUGUGUUUCCUAUUUGGAAUCAGAAUCACUCGUCAUGUCUCUUUGACGGAAAAUAUUCCAAACUACACGUAACGUGACAAAAAUCCCUCAAAUUUUGUUCACUAGGCGCAUACAUUUAGCGUUAAUGAAUUUUUCAACAACAGCAAAAUACAUUAUUACAAUUUUUAUAAUUUCAUUUCAUUGAGACAUUUUUAUUUUAUUACAUUGUCUUUUUAUGAAAUUAUUUUCCGUUUGUAAUUUUCUACCCAAUGCUAUUUUUAUUGAUAAGCACAUAAUCAAAAUGUUUAUUUCCUAGAGUGAUCGACCGAAAACUGUAACAAGACUGCAUUAUACCUGCUAAAACCAGUCCCGCUCCAAUAUAUCUCUUUUAUAUAGUUAAAACGUUAUGUGCGAUUUAGGCCACAGAUUCGGACAGACAAACUUACACCACAUUUCGCCCACUAUCUUUAAAAAAAAUUCAGAGGCAGAACAAGGAGUAUCCACACGCAGGCGCGCGAGACACAGACACGCACAUACCAUAUGAUCAGACAAAAUGAUCAAGUCUAACACCCCAAUUGGUGCGUGGGAGCUAUUUAUAGAGUUCAGUGAAUUUAUACAUGUAUUCAACAAAAACCUAAAUUUGACAUAUUUUUGAACCACAUUGUAUACAUCGUAUUUUGAUUUUCACGCUAGGUCCCAGUGACUAUUCAGUGUGAAUAUGCGUAAGCGCAUGCAGGAUAUUAUCCAUGGCUUGGGGAACUAGCCAUCGAAGCAGGUGCGGGACAACACGGAACAGCUAUUUAACAACUUUAUAAAGCAGUCAGCCUACCACGAAACCCCACAUCUACCAAUGGCUGAAUCCCCACAUCUACCAAUGGCUGAAUCUCCACAAAAAGUACCCCAGUUCUACAGACGAGUGCUUCCACAGAGCUGUAUAUCAUUUUACUCUCAGGAAGGGAAGAAGAUUUUCCAUGAAGCCCUGGAGUCUGGUCACAUGGAAUGCUACUUUAAGUUGGCAGCCCAGUUCCGGACACAGGAUGAGCCGGCUUUCUGCGGACUGACCACUCUUGUGAUAGCAUUGAACGCUCUGGAGGUAGACCCGGGGGAGGUAUGGAAAGGGCCGUGGAGAUGGUUCCACGAGCGGAUGCUUUACUCUUGUGUUCCCAUCAGUCUUGUGGAACAGGAGGGCAUCAACUUCGACCAGUUUGUCUGCCUGGCUGGAUGUAACUCACUGGAUACCCAACCCACAAAGUCAGGCACUGGGGGGACGCUGGAACAGUUCAGGGAGAAAGUCAUUGAGUACACAAAGAGGGAUGAUGCUUUCCUGAUUCUCAGCUACUCAAGGAUAACACUCAACCAAUCAGGUGAUGGUCAUUUUUCCCCUGUGGGAGGGUAUCACCCUGAAAAGGAUCUUGUUCUGAUGUUGGACACCGCGAGAUUUAAAUAUCCCCCUCACUGGAUUCCUGUGGAACUUCUCUGGGAUGCCAUGCACGCCAUGGAUGAAAGCACGGGUGAACCAAGAGGAUAUCUGACAGUAACAAAGAUCACUUCAUUGCAAACAGAACAAACGAAUAUCUUGGCUCUUUUCAAGAUUUCGUCGUCUUUUGACAUUUCCAAUAUUAAUGUCGUCAGUGCUGGAAUCUCUCCUUUCAUCUGUCAAUGGCAGGAGUGGUUAAAGAAAGAUAGUGUAGAACAACAGGACAGCAAGCAAACACUACAGUACAUUAUCAAGAAUCUCAACAACUGUGCUAAGGCAGGUGAGGUGGACGAAACUGUAUUCACUACACAAAUUGAUAUCAAAUAUGCUGGGAAUAUUUCACAGGCACACGCUUGUGUCGUCCAUCAACUUCUUUCUAGCAUUGAGAAGACACCACUCUUCACAGCUGUGACAGACUUCCUAACUCAUCAUGGUGAAGAUCAGCAUUUAGAUAGACUUGGAUGCAUUAAUAGCAAGUUAUGCCCAGUACAAGCUGGAUGUCUCAUUGAUAAACUUGGCACUGCCCACUUUGUGGUUAUGUUCAUCCUCUCUUGGCCAUACGAGGCUUGUGAUGCUAAAGUAACCAAUAACAAUGCUGUGCUUGAUAGGCUAGUCGUAAUGAUGCUAUCUGAAUUUCAUGAAAACAUUUUAAGUGGAGAGUCAAACGUACUGCGGAAGCAAUUCUCUAGUUUGUUAAAGCUUCAAAAAGAAAAAAUGGCUAAGAGGAAAAAGUGUAACUGUCACAAAAAGAGCUGAUGCGUGGCUUAAUUAAUACGAUAUUAAAAGUAGCAAGGAAUAAAGAUGUAGUGCAAUUUCC